ACAACAUUCUCACAAAAACCUUAUUCUUCUAGUCGAAUCAAGAUUUUUGUUUUCCCUUAAAUCUUUUCGAUCUUUUCCCUACACAUACAUAUUAAUUCUUAAACUUAGUUAAAACACAAUGGAGAUGAUAACGAAGAUGGUUUUGGAGAGACCAGUGGUAAUAUACAGCAAAAGCUUAUGUUGUAUGUCUCACACGGUCAAGACUUUGCUCUGCGACUUUGGAGCCAAUCCAGCGGUUUACGAGCUAGAUGAGGUGUCUAGAGGCAAGGAGAUUGAGCAGGCGCUCUUGCGGCUCGGGUGUAGCCCGGCGGUUCCGGCUGUUUUUAUUGGAGGAGAGUUGGUGGGUGGAGCCAACGAGGUCAUGAGUCUACAUCUUAACGGAUCCUUAAUCCCUAUGCUUAAGCGGGCUGGUGCAUUGUGGGUUUGACUUAAAAUAUAUCUAACUAGUUACUUAACACUAAGUUAAGUACGCAGAAUAAUGUUUUUAAAUUUUAACACGUCUAUGAUCUUUUGACAUGGUGAUAUGAUGAGUCCACGUCAGAUCAAUAAUCAGGGUGUUAUUGUUUUCAAAGUUACUUAUCUUAAUUUUGAAAUGUGCAAGCAAUUAUAUGAACUUGUAAGGAGCUAAUAUAAUAAUAAUGAAA